AUGGUUGUCGCAGAUGCUCUAGCUCCUCGACCAAAUAAGAGAAGACGCCUGGAAGACAUUGCUGCAGACCCAGGACCGUCAUCGCGACCACAUGUUCACAAGGCGGACAAGAAUGGUAAGACAAGCGCUCCAGCCUCUUCGCUAGAUCAGUUCAUGGAUGCUAUGCAAACCUGCACGACAAAGGGUCCAUCGUGGGCAAAUGAAGCUAAGGAAUCACAUUUAGUACUACCGACCGGCCCUCCGGAGACAAUGACCACAUCCGAUGGACCAGAUAGUAAUGAGGCUGUCAUGGACUUCGAAUGGAUGCGACAACGUAUGAACCUGGUGUCAGAUUCAUUACCCGAUAAAGUCUUUGAGCAAUCAGAUGACGAGCACCAGGUUGGCGCCAUUCCUGAGGAACACCAGGACUCGACAACAAAGACGAUUAUGCACACGUCUCGAUUAUUUCUUCGAAACCUUGCCUUCUCAUGUACGGAAGCCGAGGUCAUGGAGCUAUUUCAGCCGCUCGGGGAAAUUGCACAGGGACAUCUGAUCCUCCAAGGAUUUGCUGAUCCCCGGGAACCAAUAGUAGAAAAUUUAUCUGAUUUUUAUUCCCAUUUUAAUUGUGUCGCUGAUCACCUCGACUCAUCCCUAUCCUGA